CCAUAUAUGAGAUUUGUUCUUUUCAUUCUGCUCUUCCUUUUCUUGUAGCUCUAUUACCAAGUUUUAAAUUUUGCCAUGAUCGUGUCUUCAGCCCUAAUGAUAUGGAAAGGCCUUAUUGUUAUCACCGGGAGUGAAAGUCCAAUUGUAGUCGUGCUCAGUGGUAGUAUGGAACCAGCCUUCCACAGGGGAGACCUCUUGUUCUUGACAAAUUUCCGAGAUGACCCCAUCAGGGCCGGAGAAAUUGUGGUUUUCAAAGUCGAAGGAAGAGAUAUUCCAAUCGUGCACAGAGUGAUUAAAGUUCACGAAAAAGAAAAUGGCAACAUUAAAUUUUUGACCAAGGGCGAUAAUAAUGAAGUCGAUGACAGAGGUUUGUACAAAGAAGGACAGGACUGGCUAGAAAAGAAGGAUGUCGUGGCAGAAAGGAAAGGGUUUUUGCCAUACGUUGGAAUGGUGACCAUAAUCAUGAAUGAUUAUCCAAAAUUUAAGUAUGCUCUUUUAGCUGUCAUGGGGGCAUAUGUACUUCUGAAACGGGAAUCAUAAAAAGAAUCUGGAAUUGCCUCGGACAACUCGUCAGCAUAAUUAUAUGAAGAGAUACUAAUAUAUUUGAAACGUCCCCUUGUCUGCAGAUGAUAUUAUGUGACAUGUGCAAACCAUAUUUUAUUUGUUUUGUUCCUCUUCAUGUUACAAUCUUAACUGUGAGCAAGCCCAGUUGCCCUCAUUGAGUCACACUGAUAAUUUUUGUUUUUAUUAUGUCCAUCUUCCCCAACCUGGUUCAGGUCCCCAAAUUUUCAGCCCAAAAUGUCUUUUGGACAUCUUGGGUGGAGAGAUUACAUAAAUUGUGGUCUAAAACCAGGUUAGGGAAGGCAGGAUUCUCUUGGCUGUCUUGUUAGCAAAUAAUGGUUUUAAUUUCUACUAUGUCUUCACUUUUUCUCAUUAGUGACAAAAAAUGGAUCUUUUUAUUUUGAAAAUAGUUUGGAGAAUAGUUUCAUAGCUGUGAAUCUUGACUACACUGAGAAUUCUAGUUUUUAUUACACCUUUCAUUCAAAGGACCUCUUAGCCCAAUUUGUACCCACCUUCAAAUUAUUCCCAUCUCCCACCCAUCCCCCCCGGGCAGCAGUUCAAACAGUUACUGAUGAUUUGUUAAAAGGUCCCUUCUUGAGAAUGAUUUCACAAAGACGGACAAAUGCUUCUAACGAAGAAUUGAAAACUCUAGUUUGAUUGAAUUGAAAACUGUAGUUUUGAUGCCCCCUUCUGCAAGAGUGGUGUUCUUCUCACUGCAUUGCUUCAUCAAACCAGCUUGAAAAUCAAGACCCACAAUGACAUUUAUCUGAAUUAGUGCCUUGCACUUGUACAGGUAGUCCUUGCUUAACAACCCUAUUUGGGACCGGCAACUCUGUGACACAGUUGUAAAGCAUGGCAUUGCAUGACUGUGCCAACUUAACCAACGGCAGUUGUGCAGUUGGGGUUGUUAAGCAAAUCUCACAUAGUCAUCACGUGAUUGUUUUCAACUUCCUGCUGGCUUCCCCAUUGACUUUGUCAGAAGCCAGCGGUGAAGGUUGCAAAUGGCGAUCAAGUGGCUGUGGGAUGCUGCAAUAUAACUGCGAGAAGUUUGUCAAGUGCCUAAAAAAAGAUGAUAAUGUGACCGUGGGAAUAUUGUUACAGAUGGAACUUUGAGGACUGGUCUUACAUCUCCUCAUUCAGCAUUGCUGUAACCUUGAACGGUUGCGGAACAAAUGGCUGUUAAGGAAGAACAAACUAUAGUGCAAUAAGAUGGAGGACAAAAGCUUUUAGGUGUCUAGCCUAGCUUGAGUGAAAACGUAAGAUAGUCCUCAAUUUACAGCUGAGCCCCAAAUAUCUGUUACUAAGCAAGACAAUUGUUAAGCGAGUUUUGUCCCAUUUUAUCAUCCCUUUCCUACCAUAGUUGUUAAGCAGACAUAAUUCACUUUUUUCCUGUUCCAUUGUAACAUUGAACAGUCGCUAAGCAAGUGGUUUUAAGUUGAGGACUAACUGUAUGCUUCUGCUAAGUUCCCUUAAUCAUCAGUCAGUCCCAAGUGUUCUAUUGAUUUGGAUUUGCAGCCUAAGCAAGCUAUAAAGAGUAUUUCUCAAUUUCAGCAACUUCAGGAUGUGCAGACUUUCGAUUUCUAGAAUUCCCUAGCUAGCUUGAAUUCUGGAAAUUGAAACCCCCACAUCCUAAAUUUGCUGAGGGGGGAGAAACACUGCUAUGAAAAGUAAGGAGGAGGAUUUUAAAAAAAGAAAUGAUAUCCUUUGCAGCUUUUUUAAUUUAAUAUUUAUAGAGGAGUUUCUUUGUUCAGUAAAAUAUUAGAAAGCACCUGAUGCCUACACAACUGAUACAAUAUAUUUGACACCCCCUUUUUUGUGCCAGUAAUGUACCGUUUCAUUUUUUUUCUAGAUAUCAAUAGUUUAAACCCUCAUGGUUUUGGGAAUAGCCUGUAAUAAAAGCGACAGGUCUACAGAAUUUGCGACCAUAGCUUAGAUUUCACAGCAUAUAAUCGACAAGCAAAUUUUUCCAUUUUUCUGAUGUGGCAACCACUUUUUUUUUCCUUUUUAAUUGAUAGAAUAUGUGAGCGUCACCUCUAUUUCUCACAAUGACAGGCAAACCAACUAAACUCAGAGUUUGACCAACCAUGAAUCCAGCUAUAUUGAGAAGGGGAAACUAUUCAUUAAGGCUGCGUGGUGGUUUCAGACUCGAGGCAAAAAAGUGUUCAGGAAUAUAUGACAGGCCAUGACCAUAACUCCAGUUUGACUCUUUAAAGUAGCCGCAUUUUUUCCCAGAUUGUACAUUUGACCUCUAGAGUUACCGUAUAGUUGUGGGAAGCUGUGGGAUGCUUGGUGCUCUCUGAGCUUGACUGCUUUCUUGCAACCUCACUCCCUUCUAGCACUGAUAACUUUGCCUAGUUUGGUAAUGAAACGUUUGCAAGAAAACAACCAAGCUCAGAGAGCACCAAGCAUCUCACAGUUCAACUACAAAUAAGCUCUUCUUUUAGUAGUCAUCCAAUAGAAUUAGGAGCUAUCCAGUUCUAUUGGUAGGCACAAUGGCUUAGCGGUUAAAAACGCUGAGCUUGUCAGCUGGAAAUCUGGCAGCCCGGGUUUGAGAUUUGAGCGCCACGUGGUGGGUGAACUCCAGUUACUUGCCCCAGCUCCUGCCCACGUAGCAGUUCGAAAGCAUGCAAAUAAAAGUAGAUAAAUAGGUACCACUUUGGUGGGAAGGUAACAGUGUUCCGUGCACCUUGGCAUAUAGCCAUGCUGGCCACGUGACCACGGUAAUUUUCUUUGGACAGCACUGGCUCUCUCAGCUAAGAAACGGAGAUGAGUAGCACUUCUAGAGUCAGACACGACUGGAAAAGGGAAACCCCUAUCUUUGUUGGUAGUCAUAGGAAAAUAAACAUUUCCUGUAUAUCCUGAAGUGGCGUUUCAUAUCUGCGGUGCUGCAGAGAUCUAAUGUUCACGUCACUGUGGAUUGCUUAGCUAAUUGGCAUCUAAAUUGGCAACAGUGAAAAAGUCUUAUCGCUGACUAGGUUCACACAUCACAACAUUAAAACGUAUCUUUAAUUUUGGUUUUGUGUAUGGUGAAGCCAGGAUUGCAGUCAGCAAAGUGACAGUUAAUAUAGAACAAUAGUUUAGUAUAAUGUGACAUUUUGGUAAUCUUUAAUGAUUUGAUGAUGCCAUUUGGAUGUAUGUAUGAAGGUCCAUCAGCCCGAAGCAGCUUUAUUAUAAUGAAGUAAGGUCCUGUGCUUGGAUGUUUUGCCUGAAAUUGCCGCUUCGCUAAGCGUUGAAAAAAGGAGAAAAAAUUUCCUUGUUAUAGGAUUUACACAGCCUUGAAAUAAGAAUGGGGCUGCUGGAAGUACAUGAAUGCUGCAAGAUAUCUGUCCACUAGAUAGACCAAACCAGACCGCCAAAAAAAAUCAGGAAGGCUAAAACUAUAACAACAACAGAAUCUUGCAAGUCUAUUUAUGUUAUGCCUUUUUUUUCCUACUUCAGAGAAUUAGAAA